AAAGUUGGUCCGCACCGUAAUGGCGAAGAGCCGCCAAGGGUGAAGGGAGAGGAGAACGGGGAGAGAAGAAGAGUUGCUGAUAGAGGAAGGUUCAACGUGACAGAUCGAGAUCGGAUUUAGAUACAGGUUGAUUUAUCAGGAAGAUCCUGAGGCGAGAAACAUCUUCGAGCAUCACAUACUUUUCGUUGUUUACUGUGUUUUCAAGAGCAUUCGAAAGCAGCAUGAGGUCUCGAAAUCAACUUAUAGCAGCAGUGGCUUGUACCUUGUUGUGCUCUGCUCUCAUCUUGGUUAUCAUUCCCAAGUCACUGUCCAUCUCUUUGUACAUGCCGCCGAAAUCUCUUCCUGUCGAUGGAAACUAUCCUGGUGGGACCACAGGCAUUCCAAUCGACGGUUACUGGCCGCUGGAGACGAGCCAUGGCGCCACGCCUUACUUCGGCGACCCCACAGUCGUCACAAGCCCCAACGUUCUCGACUUCUCCUACAACCCAGCUGGAGCAAGGCGGAGGAGCAGGAACCAGCUUCGCAGAACUUUCUUGUCUCAGCUCCCCGAGGGGGAGGCGCGGGCAACUCAGAUGUACGAUGAGUCGGACGACAACGGCGAGGUAGACAUGCGCGCAGAUGCAGCCUGCUGGCAUUGCGCAAAAAGCUACCAGGGGAACCCGUACGCCAUGUAUACAGCAUGCGCCGACAUCUGCCUCGCCGCGGACUGCGUUGAACGAUGCGAGCAGCAGUACUCAGCACAUCAAUACGGACCAACGGCUCCAGACUUCUUGUCCAGGUUAUGUGCGGGCGAAUGCAGGAGACGGUUUU